AUGACGAGCGCCAGCAACUGCGCUCUCGUGCUGCUCUUGUUGAUUCCGGCCGUGUUAGCACAAGACUAUGACGUAACAGACAUUCAAUGCACGUUCGCCAGCGGCGGUUCUGGUAUACGAGACUCAGUGACAGCGCUGCUGAGAAAGCCGGAAGGCUUCCGAGGCGCCCCGCUCUUCGCCGAUGAUCGAACAACCGAUCCCAUUGGGGACCCCGUGUGCCAGAUACGACCAGAGCCUGACGACCCCACCGGGCUGCUGUACAGGUUGAGGAUCAGCGACUUCACCAAAUGUGGAGUGUUGAAAAGAAAUGGUUUCGUGCACGUCCGCAUAUGGUUCCCGCAAUUCCCAGGAGUAGUGAUGCAGUCCGACCAAGAGCUUAUCAUCAUGUGCAAGCCACCAGAACCUACCAUCAUUGAGAACAAGGCAGCCGGAUUUGCUGGAAGCUUUCCGCACGGCGCUCGCGUAUCCGGAGUGGUGGAGGAGACCCCAGGACGCCUGGAGUACGAGGUGGCACUGUACAAGGAGGCCCCGCCCGUCUCACGCCACUCCAACCUCUCCGUUGAUAUGCCUGUCGAUCAGGCUGUACCAAUCGGGACCAAACUUCAGCUCCGAGCGCGCAUCAACCCCGACUCUGCCUGGCGGCACAUAAAGCUUCUGGAGGUAGCCGUGUCUCCUGAUCCAGAUCGCCCACAUGCGCCUGGAGCUGUUUUGCUGGUUAAAGAUGGAUGCCGAAACAGAGAUUUCGCCUCAAUCAUCCCACAUCAGCCGGCGCGUUACCGCGAGCGACACAACGAAGUGUUUUUGGACUUCGAAGCAUUUCUCCUCGCCUCGAUGAAAGAACGCUCAACCCUUUGGAUACAUUCGCAGAUAAAAGCCUGCAUGGACGUCGCUGACUGCCAGCCUGAUUACUGUCUAGAUUUAUUUGAGCCUUCAGGUCACGGUCGUCGCAGAAGAUCAUUAGCAGAAUCAAAUUCUUCAUACAAUAUAACAAGUUCUUCACUGGUCGCCGAAAACGGCACCACUCCGUUCACGAGGUUCAAAGAGAACCUCGAGUACACAGUGGUGAUGCCGGGGGAGCUGUUCCACCGGACGCCUUUAGAGGGGAAUUGCGCUACCUCGAUGAUGAUCGCUGUGGCGCUGGGAGCGUUGCUGUUCAUGUCAGCAUUACUGAUGUGCUAUCUUGCAACAAAAUUGAAUACAACAAUGCUGAAAAAUAACAGCCUCCACGCGCCCCCGGGGAAAGGUUUCGAACAAAUACUGAGAGAACUGGCGCAACAUUCGCUGCCCGAAACGGGAUAUACUGGUCGCCCGACCGUUCAGUGAUUAUUAUCAUUAUAAUAUUAUUACUAAUGUAUUAUAUUAAUAAUUUAUUAAAUGUAAAAUACGUCCAUAAGUAUUAUUAAUAAAUGUAAAAAUUAUAGUUUAAGUAAGUAUCUUAGAUUUCUUUUGCAUUAUACUAGGUACUCAUAUUAAACUUUUUGAGUUAGAUAUCGGUUUAGCCAAGAAAAGUUUACAUAAAACAGGUUACAGAACUUACAC